AUGAAGGUGGAAUUUAUAUUUUUACAACUGAUUGUCAUUAUAUUUAUCGUUAUUUUUUACUUUGAUUUUGGAAGUGAUACCCGCCGGCCUAUGCAGUUAUUGAUUAAUAAUUUCAAUCAGACCAACUUAGGCGCACUAAGGAUAAAGUCCAAGGUAGGCUCAAUUUCGUGCCAUUGCAAGGGACAAACACCUAAAGAUUUCGACGGUAAAUUAUGCUUAUACCAAUGGAUUAAUCAUAAUCGAUGCCUAGAGCAUAUCGAUGAUUUGAAGGAAGCAAAGACAUUUCCUUUCCAACCUUUACAUUGUCGGUCAGUAGACAGACUACAAGUUGAUCAGUCGCCAGUUAACGUUGGUAACCGAAUAGUAGGUUUUAUUCAUCCACCAUUCAACGCUUUAUACACAUUUGAACUUGUCAGUAAAUCCAGCUGCGAGUUAUGGUUAAGUCGAGAUAAUACCAGUCGGAAUAUAUUUCGUAUUGCUCAUACUUUUCUAGGUUCGCAAAGGAUGAACUUGAGGAUUAAAUUACCAACAAAAAGCCCGUGGAUUUAUAUGGAAAAAGGUCGUCAGUAUUGGAUAGAGCUUUUACAAGUGACUGGUAAUACAAAAUCAUUUUUAGCAGUCAAAUGGAAAUAUUAUGAUGGAAAAAUUGAGAAAAAUUUAGGCGUAAUCAGUCAUCGUCAUAUAUCAUUAUUGCAAGAAGAUGAUAUAGCCAAUUCGGUAGCUCAGAAACAAGCUAGCCAUCACGUUGAAGGGUGGAAAAUUGAUUGGAAAUCAUUUCAUCUACCUUACCAAAUUAAUUACCAACUUAAUCGAAUCGUUCAAUUUUAUCAUCUCCAACGAUUCGUAAUAUCGGAUGGUAUCAUUCAUGCUAGUAGCUUACAAUACUGUCAUAAUCGCCUUCCUAAUUAUUUAUUGACAACUCGAAAUCGCUUUCAACAAGUUAUGGCGGUAGCAUAUCGUGUAUUUGGUGAUGAAUUUCGCAGCUAUAUUUCUCCUGUACGUGGAAAGAUUGAAUUAAUUCCUGCUCUAGCUCAAGGAGCUGCUAAAAGCGUUGUUCAAGACAUCUUUACAAGAUAUCAGAGUUAUUAUAACCAGAUAGGCAAACCACUAACAUUGUUACAGACUAUUCGCGUUGAAGAGAAGCUAGAUCCAUCCGCAGGAAGUCGAUAUUUUAUCGAACUAAAAGUUGCCCAAGGUAGCCAACAUUACCAGUUGUCGGAGUACUUUUACAAAAAUAAAACCAAUCAUCAGUGGUGUUAUGACGCCGACUUUCAAUGGUCCAACACUGCACCUGUGAAUAUGAUCAUGAUGAUUAAUCAUGAUCACAAGUAUUCACUUGUACUACGAGCAGUCCUGGAAAUCGAGAAAUGGUAUACCCAAAGCCUAGAUAGCGAUUACUUCACACUUACGAUUAUAGACAAGGGGUUUACAAGUACUCCUAAGAUUAAAGCGAAAUUACAGAAAAGUAGACUAAAGAAAAAAUAUUUCUGGAUCGACGAUACUGCCCAGUCAAGUGAUAUUAUUUCUCCGUUAAAACAGGUUCUUCAACAGCCUAUUAAUCUGACUAAUAGUAUCCUAUUCUAUUUUGAUCCUGCUGUCCAUUUUUCAAGCCAGUUGAUGCAAGAGAUUCGGAAAAAGACGAUAGAAGGUAGACAAUGUUUUGCGCCAUUGGUUAUUAAUUUAAACUGCGGAUUCAACUUCCAAAGACCGGAUGGAUACGUUGAUCGUGAUUAUUAUAAUAUCCUUUCUUGUUAUAUCAGUGAUUAUCAAGGGAUUAUUCAUCAAGACAAGCCUGUAAAAGCUUUUGCUAUGCUACUUAGAAAGUUGAUAGAAAAUGAAUUAGACAUCGAAAGGACUAGCUACCCAUUACUAUUUCGACAAUAUCGUCAUGAUUAG